GAAUCUUCAUAUGUGUUCUUAACUUCCUUGCUGAGGAUUGCAGGUUGUUUUGGUUGUCUUCUGGGUACUCAUCUUCUUUCCCAUCGAGAAGUUUAAAGUAAAAGCCAGAAAGCCAGGUACUCUCGUGACCAUGUCUAAGGUUCUAAAAAUUGUAUGUGCUCCUGUUAUAAGAUGUUGGGAGUCCAAAAGAAAUCUUGAUGAAAAUAUGAAAACCCUUAGAACACUUUUGGAAGACCUAAAUGGUCUUAAGGAAUAUAUAGAGAUGAGAUUGAGUGCAGAGCACCGUCCUGAAGGAAUGCCAAUAGAAGAAGUCAAAAACUGGUUGAGGGAUGUUGAAAGGAUCAAUAACGAAUCUAAAUCUAUUGAACAAAAAGUAGAAGAAAAGAAAAUUAUCUCAUGUGGAUUUCUAGGAAAGCGUGUGCAAGGAAAGGUUCUAGAAAUUGAGGGAUUUCUUCAGAAAGGCAGUUCCCUUGGUGGUUUAGCUGUUGAAAGAAGGGUGAACCCGGUGAAGCGUUUCAAGUACAUAAUUCUCGGAGGUGGAGUGGCAGCUGGAUAUGCUGCCAGGGAGUUUUCUAGGCUGGGGAUUAAGCCAAGGGAACUGGCAAUUAUUUCAAAAGAAGCAGUGGCUCCUUAUGAACGUCCUGCAUUGUGCAAGGGAUAUCUAGCUCUGGAGGGAGCUGCAAGGCUGCCAGGGUUCCAUGUAUGUGUUGGGACUGGAGGAGAAAGAUUACUUCCUAGAUGGUAUGCAGAAAAAGGAAUAGAAUUGAUCCUAAGCACAGAAAUAGUCAACGCAAAUCUUGCUUCCCAGACUUUGCUAAGUGCAGGUGGAAUCUUCAAGUAUCAGACUUUGAUCAUUGCAACUGGUUCCACAGCAACUAAGUUAACAGUAGAGGGAGCUGGUGCUAGAAACGUCUUCACCUUGAGAGAAAUUAGUGAUGCAGAUAAACUUGUUGAAUCGAUUAAAGCAAAGAAGAAUGGGAAGGCUGUGAUCAUUGGAGGAGGAUACAUUGGCCUUGAAGUUGGAGCAGCCCUGAGAAUCAACAAGUUGGAUGUUACCAUGGUUUAUCCUGAUAAGUGGUGCAUGCCUCGGCUUUUCACACCAGAUAUAGCUGCUUUCUAUGAAGGUUAUUACAUGAAAAAGGGAAUUAAAAUUGUCAAGGAAUCGCUAGCAGUUGGAUUCAAUGCUGAUGCAAGUGGAGAUGUAAAGGAAGUGAAACUCAAGGAUGGUAGGGUGAUUGAAGCUGACAUUGUUGUUGUUGGUAUUGGGGCAAGGCCUCUUACUGUAUUGUUCAAAGGGCAAGUUGAAGAGGAGAAAGGAGGAAUCAAGACUGAUGGAUUCUUCGAGACAAGUGUGCCUAAUGUAUAUGCUGUGGGAGACGUAGCUACUUUCCCAAUGAAGUUGUAUAAUGACAUGAGAAGAGUUGAACAUGUUGAUCAUGCUAGGAAAUCAGCUGAGCAUGUCGUGAAAGCUAUCAAGGCAAGUGAGGAAAGGAGAAAAAUAGAAGAAUAUGAUUAUCUUCCAUACUUCUAUUCUCGUUCCUUCGAGCUCUCAUGGCAAUUUUACGGGGAUAAUGUCGGUGAAACUAAGUUAUUUGGAGACAUGAACCUAUCAUCUCCAAAGCCAAAGUUUGGAUGUUUCUGGUUUAAAGAUGGGAAGGUGAUGGGUGUUUUCUUGGAGAGUGGAAGUCCUCAAGAAAACAACGCUAUUGCAAAAAUUGCCAGUGCUCAACCUCCAGUUGAGAACUUGAAUGAAUUUACAAAGAAUGAUCUUCCCAUUGCUAAGAUUUGAAAGUUUUAAGAUUUUCCAAGUGGAUAAUCAGUGUGUGUGAGUGUGUGCUCUUGUUAUCUGCGUGCAGCUUUGUUGAAUGAAUUGCCAGGCUCGGGAAAACAACGCUAUUGGAAAAAUUGCCAGGCUCCAACCUCCAGUUGAGAACAACUUGAAUGAAUUUACUAAGGAAGAUCUUCCCAUUACUAAGAUUUGAAAGUUUUAAGAUUUCCAUGUGUACAAUCAAGGUGUGUGUGCUUGUUAUCUGCGUGCAUCUUUGUUGUGUGCCUUGUUUUCUAAUAUUGAGAAAUAAAUUUCAAAUGAUUGU